CAGAGAGGGAAGGAAGGAGAGAGAGAGAGAGAUAGAAAAGCUAAACAGGUGGUCUGAAAACAUAGAAAACAAUGUCGCCUGACUGGGGGAAGCGGGCAGACCUCUAGUCCUUGUUUCUGUGAAGGAAUACCGGGACAACCUCGGAACCGAACAAACCCAAACUCAUGCUCCUUUUUGGUUUCCACACGGAUUUCUCCUCCCGCUCCUCGACUCGGUUUUGCUCCGAACCAGGGGAAGACCUCGGAUACUAAACCAUGAAAGUCACGGUGUGUUUUGGCAGGACCCGGGUGGUCGUGCCGUGCGGGGAUGGAAAUAUUAAAGUCCACACACUCAUCCAGCAGGCUGUCAUGAGAUAUAAGAAGGCUAUCGCGAAGGAUGCAAGUUACUGGCUGCAAGUCCACCGAUUGGAGCACGGUGAUGGAGGAAUCCUCGACUUGGAUGACGUGCUUUGUGACGUUGCCGACGACAAAGACAGACUGAUAGCUGUGUAUGAUGAACAGGAGCCUCAUCAUGGAGGUGAUGGUACCAGCGCCAGCUCCACAGGGACCCAGAGCCCUGACUUGUUCGCCACGGACCUCAGUGCUGGCAGUGGGGCUUCGGCCUUCCAGCCCUACCAGACCACCAGUGAGAUCGAAGUCACGCCAUCGGCUCUGCGCACCAAUAUGCCCCUACAUGUAAGGCGCAGCAGUGAUCCCGCCCUGAUGACCAUCAAUGGGCCAUUUACUGGUGUCGAGUCACGGGUCAAAACAGAAGAAACCCCAUCCAGGAAGAACCCAACCCGCUGGUCCACCACCGCCGGCUUCCUGAAAGCUCGCCACUCCUCCGGCACAAACAGCCUGGAGAGGAAGAGUAAAGGCAUGGACACGUAUCGCAGCCUGCCACGAGAUGCAGGGACCUGGGCCAAUCAGAGGGAGUUUCAGAGAGAGACUGCUCGCUCAUCCCUCAGCGCCAAUCACCCCAUGGUAGACCGCUGGUUGGAGAGACAGGAGCAGGAGGAUGAAAACAGGGAGGAAGAAAACGGGAGGAUUGAACCGGUUGGCCGAGCUGAUUCCUGCAUAGAGCACACUCCUGUCAGGUCUCUAGAAGACAUUGUCAAACUGGUGGAGGUGUCAAACGACGGCAGGCCCCUGGGAAUCCACGUGGUGCCUUUCAGUGGCAGGGACCGCAGGACUCUUGGCUUGCUGGUCAAGCGUCUGGAAAGGGGCGGGAAGGCUGAGCAGCAGGGCCUGUUCCAGGAGAACGACUGUAUCGUCCGUAUCAAUAACGGAGACCUACGAAACAUCCGAUUUGAACAAGCUCAGAAUAUGUUCCGUCAAGCCAUGCGUUCUCCUGUCAUCAUGUUCCACGUGGUGCCCUCGUCCAUGAAGGCCCACUACGAGCAGCUGUCCCACGCCGAGAGGAACCCUUCGUACUCCUCAGGCCGCUUCAGUCCCGACUCUGUGACCGGCAGCAUGGUUUCUGGCAUUGAACACAACCCCCAAAGGAUGUCCCGCCAUGGUUCUCAAGUACACUCGCACUCCCAUCCUCACCCGGAUCCAAAAGACAGCUACCCGCCUCUGACCCACCCCGCUGUCUCUGCAGCCAAGCCUCCGACAGGACACGUCCACUCGCCUCAGAGGGGGCUGAACUCUACCCCGACGCCGGGGUAUACGAAGAAAGUAGGAAGGAAGCUCAACAUCCAGCUUAAGAAAGGCCCAGAGGGACUCGGCUUCAGUAUAACAUCACGUGACGUUCCCAUCGGGGGCUCAGCACCCAUCUACGUGAAGAACAUUCUGCCUCGAGGAGCUGCCAUCCAAGAUGGUCGCCUGAAGGCAGGGGACCGGUUGUUGGAGGUGAAUGGAGUGGACCUGAACGGAUGCACCCAGGAGGAGGUGGUGGCUUUGCUCAGAGCUACACCUAUGGGCGGGGCAGUCGGGCUGCUGGUUCUACGCCAGGAGGAUUCUUUCCUGCCCAGAGAAGUGAAUGCUGAGCCCCAGAUGCAAUCCCCCAGAGAUUUGCCUCCACGGCAGCCUGUGACAGCCAGGAAACCCCACUGGCUGAUUGAGAAGACAGAAGAGGACGAGUUGGUCUUGACUCCAGAUGGAACCAGAGAAUUUCUCACAUUUGAAAUCCCACUCAGUGACUCGGGUUCAGCAGGUUUGGGUGUCAGUGUCAAAGGCAACCGAUCCAAGGAAAACCAUGCAGAUCUGGGCAUCUUUGUCAAAUCCAUCAUAAAUGGAGGAGCAGCCUGCAAGGACGGGCGGCUGCGAGUAAACGACCAGUUGAUUGCUGUCAACGGGGAAUCGCUAUUGGGCAAAACCAACCAAGACGCCAUGGAAACGCUACGCAAGUCCAUGUCAACGGAAGGCAACAAGCGCGGGAUGAUCCAGCUAAUCGUGGCCAGACGAGUGGCCAAGAGAACCGAGGAACCUUCAGAGAACCCACUGGGGCCACAGCCGACCUUGAACACAUCCUUGGAUGACCAUGAGCGCAGAAUCUCUCACUCUCUGUACGGUGGCCUUGAAGGCUUGGAUGACAACUUAAUGCCACGACAAGGAAUGAUUCCACGGACAAUAGGAAACUACCAGCUCUCACCGACCGUCAACAUGCCUCAGGACGACACUGUGAUCAUAGAAGACGACCGGCCGCCUCUUCUGCCACCUCACCUCUCUGACCAGUCGUCGUCCAGCUCUCACGAUGACGUGGGCUUCACCACUGAUGUGACACCUUCGUGGGCUAAAGAGAUGCCCUCACAGAAUGAAAGCUCCCUGAGUCCAGAUGAAAACCAUCCAGACGGAGCUUUCCAGAGGGAGGGUUUUGGACGCCAAAGCAUGUCAGAGAAACGUACCAAGCAGUUCGGAGACGCCAGUCAGCUUGAGAUCAUUAAGACACGCAAGUCCAAGAGCAUGGAUCUAGUAGCCGACGAGAUUAACCUCACCCCUCGUCCCGAGGCCGACACAGGUUCUACCACAAAGGAUGUGGGACCAUCACUGGGCCUGAAGAAGUCUAGCUCACUGGAGAGCCUUCAGACGGCUGUUGCAGAGGUUACCCUCAAUGGGGACCUCCCAUUCCACAGGCCCCGCCCUCGCAUCAUCAGGGGGCGGGGCUGCAACGAGAGCUUCAGAGCAGCUAUCGACAAAUCCUACGACCGACCAGCCGCCAUGGAAGAAGACGAUGAGGGCAUGGAGACUUUGGAGGAGGACACGGAGGAGAGUUCACGGUCUGGGAGGGAUUCUGUGUCCACCAUGGCUGACCAGACCCCGCUGUCCGGUCCGGAGAAGCCCCUGGUCAAUGGCACAAACCGCACCAAAGAGGAGAAGAAGAAGGACAAAGACAAGGCAGGGAAGGAGAAGAAGAAGCAGGAUGGAGGGAAGGAGAAAGACAAGGGGAAACCCAAGAAGGGCAUGCUGAAGGGACUCGGGGACAUGUUCAGGUUUGGAAAGAACCGUAAGGAUGAGCGGCCGGGGGAAAAGAUGGAUCGUAAAGGCUCCAGCAAGUGGAAGCCGGAGGAGACACAGGUGUCUGAGGAGGAGACGAUGAAGAUGAGGAUGGAGCAGGAGAGGAUCCAAGCCAAGACCCGAGAGCUGAGAGAGCGUCAAGCCCGGGAACGGGACUACGCAGAGAUUUUGGACAUCAGCCCCACGCUGGACCGUUCCUCUGAGGAUGACCAGGCCUACGCUGGCGUCAACCCCCUGAACAGCUCUAUGGAGAGCAGCCACAGCCGGCCCCACAGCCCCCGCGACGAUUACCCACACAUCCAUCACCAGCACCAGCACUCUGACAACCUCUACACCCAAGUCAGCAAGUCCCGAAAUGACCGGCCUCCAUCUGCAGACAGUAACAGGCUAACCCCUAGCAACCACGACCGGAUACAGAGGCUGAGGCAAGAGUUCCAGCAGGCCCAGAACGUCCCGGAUGACCCAGACGAUCGCAGGAGGACCUACAGCUUCGAGCAGUCCUGGUCAAACAACAGCAGCAACGGUCCAGGCGGUUACAGCCAGCCGGGUCGGCACUCGGUCUCAGUGGAGGUGCAAAUGCAGCGACAGAGGCAGGAGGAGAGGGACUCUUUCGCCCAGGCACAGCGGCAGUACAGCUCCCUGCCACGGCAACCCAGGAAAAACCCCAGCACCAUCUCCCAGGACUCAUGGGAUAAGGCAUACCCACCAGGCGAGGGCUUCCAGACUGCCAAGGACAACCCCAGGUACUCCAGCUACCAGGGCUCCAGGAACGGCUACCCGAGUGGAGGUGGAGUCAACGCGAGAGUCCUUUUGGAAGCCCAGGAGCUCCUGAGGCAGGAGCAGAGACGCAGAGAGCAGGAAGCCAAAGGAAAGUUGAUGCAAGAGAGCAGCGGCAACAGCAGCUACGAGGGGUACACAGCACACCUGAAGGACCCAGCCUCCCCUAAGGGUCCAUACCGCCAUGAUGUGCCGCCCUCGCCGUCACAGUUGGCGAGGCUGAAUAGAUUGGGUUCAGAGAAAGGUAGACUUUUUUACUCUUGAGGAAUAUUGUUGGACUGAAGGAUGAACUUGUUCAAGAGCUCCUGUAAGGAAACGGUAACAACAGAAAGGACAGUCUAGAGGUCUUAUAGCUUAGCAACGAUCUUAGAGGUUGUGAAGUAAGCACGGUAUACGGGUGUUUGUGUUCAAUCCCCCCACUGUGUUCAUGACCUAUACUAGUUGUCAGUCAGCCACUCACCCUCCUACAACUACGAGACACUCGGUGCCUUCUCUACAUCACAAACACGACGCUCGCUCAGUCGUCCAGAACUCUGAUUCAACCAGAUACUGACAAUCAAACGGGCAGACAGGCAAAAGAGUGGGCGCCUACAGUCCACAGGGAGGUGAUAGUUUCUGCGUGUGGGUAUGUGACAAGGUACGCGUUUCACUAUGGACUAUGAGUGUCCUGUAGAUGAGUCAUCCCACCCAUCGUCCUGGCGUCGUCUCUCUUCAUUCUGUGUUUUUUCCACAGCAGUAAAACUUUCACACUGCUCCUCAGAGAGCAGAGAAAACAAAGUGUGGGAAAGAAAGCAGGGCACAGUGUGUGUGUGUGUGUGUGUUAUUAAUAAAAGCCCCCCUUCAUAAAUGAUUCAUAUUGUGUGUUAUCUCCUUGGAGGAGACUCAGGCAGAGAGGGUAGACAGCUCUGAUCCUUUGGCUGGCCCCUCUGCACGUUCCUGGGCUCGACUCGCUGGCCUGCCUGUCUGGAGCUCCCAUCCUCUCCUCGUUGUUCUCUCUGUUCAUUACGCUCCUUUCGUCUACCUCAACACCCCCACCUUCAACCCCUUCUCCUCUCAUCACCCACCUUUCCCUAAACCCCCCACCCUCUACUCUUUCUCCUCUUCCUCGUCUCCCGAGUCAGACUCUGCACUGAAUUUUUCAUCAGAAGCCACCUGCUGCCUGCCAGAGCCAAAGAACGCUGCCACCAGAGGCACUGACAGAGGGCCCAGCUUCUGACACGAAGAGAUGAAUAAAAGCAGAAAAAGAGGGAGAAUAAAGACGAGUAGAGACACAAUGAGCCUCCCGAUGUGAAAUUAGCAGGAGCCUUUUCUCCCUCUUUUUUAAAAGGCACAAUUGUCCCUGAGAGUUAAUUGCUUUCAAUUGCUGUAAUUGCUUUUUGUAUUUCUACCUUUUCAAGCAUUUAGCCAACACUCCUCUCCGCACUGAUUUAAAAAGAGGGAGCAGGCAGGGGGGCUAUCUUGCUUUUUAAAAAACAGCAAUCAUUGAAUGAACUGAGUGCUGCUGGGUUUGAAAAAAGGUUGAAAAACAAGCAAGUUUCUUCUGGCUUCUCGAUUGCUUUUGUCCAGAUUUUGAGAUGUUACUUUCCAACAAUGAUAGAAAAUAGAAAUUGAUUUAAAGAAAGAAAAAAAAGCUGUUUUCUACCAUUAGAAUUGAUGGAUAAUUCUGAUUUAUUUCAACUUGGUGUAUUAGUUUUGCUUCUGUGCACUCCAGAGCCUCACUGCAGACUGUAUACAGGAGGUGGAUUUAGUGCCAGUUGCGUCCACCAUUUCAUCAUGACUGAAUGUUUUUGGUCUUUUCAGAGCCAGAAAUGCUCCAGGUGGAGCUAGAGAGGAAUGCUUAAAUUCUGGUUGAGGGGAAAUACAUAUCUUUGAGGCUUAAUAUGUAAUUUAGUUUAAAAUAAAAUAAAUGUGGACACCAGUGCAGCUAUCCCGAGGAGUAUUUCCCUUUUAGAUAUGUCUCCAUUGGCUUCACCAUCAACAGUAGCUACAUCUUUUCUUUACAGCUUGAGCCUCACACUAGUUUUGUUUCCCAUAUAGUUUUUAGUUUUCUUGCAUUUUUCUAGUAUAUUUCUUGUAUCAAUGAAAAGCAACAGCUUUUCCCCAAUACCCCAAAUUCAGCCUUGGUCCUUAAUUUCAGCCAUUCCAAAAUAGCUCUAAUGAGAACGGGCUGUUUCUGUGUCUGAACAUUUAAAUGGUCAUGAGUGGUGCCUGUCCAUGCCGCUCUCUUGAAGAGAUCCUCAGUUUUUUUUUCCCUUCAUGGCGUCACAAAGGGAAAGAUCUCAGACUCACCCAUUGGAGCACACAUUUGCUAAAAUGUGGAGCAGAAUUUUCUCAUUUCGGGGCUUCAUACACAGGCUAUGAGGACACAUAUGACUGUUAGAAAAUUUUUGGAACGUGAAUUUUGAAUAAUAUGAGAACUUUAAACAUGCACUAAAAAGAUUACUCUUCCAUAGAAAUGAUCUGAUGUAGUCGAAUUAUGUAUGAAACUAAUCAUUUUUGAGAUUUUAUGACUCAAAGAUACAUUAACAUUUUAAAGGAAACAUACCAUAUAUAUAUUUUUGGAAGUGGCUGUGUUUUGUAGCUGCUUACUGUUUAAGCAGGAAAACAAAUGUUUAAUCUUUGAAUUUCAGCACUUUUUUCCCUAACAGAAAUAUCAUUUGUUGACCAGCUUGUUAUCUUGCUGCAGCAGAUGAUGCAGCGCAACUUGUAGCCACAAUAGAUAUUUUUAUUUUUUUAUUUUGUGUAGCUUAGGCUGUGUUUUUAUAGAAUUAUGCAUUUUGUUUGUGCAGAUUAACUUUAGGGUUACCACAGAAUUUACUUGCAUUGCUUUCCAUUGUUUUAGAAUUAAAAACAGUAAGUAAUUUUUGUACAUGUGAAAACAAGACAUCUCUAAACCUGGACAAAUCAAGCAAUAUGCACAGCUAGCAACCACUGGCGGUUAUAGCUUGGCUCACUUGGGAAGACCUGGAAGUGUUUACAUUUUCACCCCAAUCAGACUGCAGCUGCUGAUUGCAACUUUUUCAACCUGAAGGGGACUAAAUCAAUCAGUGCAACCAGGAGACCUUGAGUGUUGAUGAUAUGCGCUUUAAAAAAAACAUCGUCACCAGCCCACCGCUGUAAUUGCUGCAGUAGGUGGCAACCAACCACUCGGUCUCUACCUCUCUCUUUGACAACACUAAUAUUUGCGAUGCCUUUGUUUCUGCCCGCACACAAACGAGAUAGAGGCCGAACUGUAAACAAAAGGAGAAUGCAAAAAAUAAAUAAAAAGCUGUGGAAAACAAAUAGGCGGUGUAUAAUGGCCCCUCACUCCUACACACUCCCCGUAUGCAGAGCAAAGCUGCAGGACAAUGCGUUCUCUAACGGUUAAUGAAGAUCCAUGCUGGGAAAGAUGCAGAUUGUGGAGAGAGGGAACAGAUAUUGAACAAAAAUAUACUUAGAUGAAGAAAAAAUAUGUCGGUGGAAUAAUUCCAGUGUGUGAGCCUGUAUUCCAACUUAAGUAAAAUUUGGUAUAUUUGCCUGAUGUGUUCCAUAACCUACAACGGUGCUUCUGAAGCCACAGGAGAGUGAAGCUGAUAAAAAAUGUUAGGAAAUGAAACUGAGGCUGUGGGAGUAAAGAAACUGUUAGAAGGAUGUGUUUGACCUGUGAUUUUGUCCACGGGUUCUGACAUCGAAAAAAAAAGUGCCUGAGAACAUGUCUGAAUAUUUUCCACAGAUGGACAUGAUGUGAUUUCAUUGUCAAUGACACCACAGCACAGAAAUAUGUAGUUUUUUUUUUUCUUUUUUUUUUUCCAAAAGAUCUUUGAUAUUCUGAUAUGAAAUGUGUAAUUUUGGAGGUACUCCCUUCAAGCUUUUUUUUUUUUUUUUUUUUUUUUUUUUUUUUUUUUUUUUUUUUGUAUUCACAAGAGCCAACACUAGCGAGCGGUUAUCAGUGUAUUUGUAUCCUGUUUGCCUUCAACCAUGCUGUACCGUGUUGUGUUUUAAAGUAUGAGUAAUGGAAGUUAAUGGAAGGUGAUGUGCAAUUGUUUUUUUUCCAGAAAACUUUUACAUGAUAUAUUGAGAAAUGUAUACAGCCACUUUUCCUGUACAUAUCAAAGUCAGAAUAAAAACAGAAGGCUGUUCCAUCCUGUUUACAACC